UAGGGUAGACCUAUAUUAUAUCCUACAUAUAAUUAUUACUGGUCAAGCACAGGAGGGCACCACUGUCCAAGAAAAUACAUGAAGGAAAUAUUCUAUAGAUAGACCUUAACCUUUAAAAGCACCUCCCAAUGUCAGGAUUAUUUGAGUUUCAGUUUAGUUUCUCACAUUCGACUUUUGCUUUUUAUUUAUCACGGCUGCAAUCCAAUAAUAAGACGAACUUGAUGAUGAAGCCACUGUUCAUGGUCCUCCUCCUUUCUGCAACCAAAGAGCUGAUGAGGAAAGGCUCGCUGUGUGAGGCUUCUCCAUGUCAGUCGUGUUCAUCAUAUAAAGAGUCCAACCUCUAUGUCCGGGAGGGGGAGAUGGCAGUGCUGAAGUUCCGAAUACCACAGGUCUGGAGGACUGAGCACAACAACGGAAACGUAACCCUGACAUGGAGCAACCACUCUGGGCCUGGGAGAUGGGUGUCUGGGGACACUCUGGUUAUCCUGAGGGUCUCUCCCAACGACCAAGGUUCCUACUCCUGCUCACUAAUUGGUGCCAGUGGUCAGGCCGUGGCCAUGGAGAGGUUUUACAUCAAGGUGUACUCUGACAAGUGCUACACAGACUUGGCCGUGUAUCCAACUUACUGUUAUGAGGGAGAGUCCUGCUAUCAACUCCAAUGUAGUGAAGACAACAUCCCACAGAACUUCACAAGACUUAACUAUACGUGGUACAAGGACUGUGACACAGAGUUGGACUCCUCUUUUGAAAAUGGAUACCUGUCAAGUGCUGAUGUAAAGGACAGUGGCAAUUAUACAUGCAUGUCAUACUAUGUCUAUAACUCACACCUUUCUGAUGGACAAGUGUUUAGGAGGUCCAGAACCGUGGAGCGGACUGUUGAACCUGGAUCUGUUCCUUUAGUUCCAAAGAUCAUCAGCCCUAAGGAUGGAGAUUAUUUUGAAGUAGAUAUGGGAUCCCCUGUUGUGGUGGUUUGUAGAGCUGUCAUUGAAGAUCCUUUUGCAAACCUUUUCUGGUUGGCAAACAAGUCUUUUGUGGAAAAGGACAAUGACACAUUGCCAGUGUUUUAUAAUUCUUCAAAAGAGCUAGGCCAUGAAGAGGCAUCUCUGGUGAUAAAGCAAGUGUCAGAGGAGCACCUGAACAGUAACUACACCUGUAAAUUGCAGUCACCCUCUGGGGUCGUCCACGUUUCCAUCACCUUAAAACAGAAGAGACCUGCCCCAUUCCCCAUCCUGGUCUUUGGUGUAGUGGGAGUUUUUGUUGUCACUGCUGUGGUGGUGACAGUAGUCUAUGUGCAGCUGAAGGUGGACAUUGUCUUGUUUCUCAGAGAUGAUCUAGGUCUGCAUCGUCACAAUUCCUCCGAUGGGAAGUGUUAUGACGCCUACGUACUGUGUUGUAAGAGCAACACGGGGUCAGGUGUGAGUGAAGAGGACCGGCGUAAAAUAGAGGCUGUGCUGGAAGAAGAGUAUGGCUACAGCCUGUGUCUCUUUGACCGUGACAUCCUGCCUGGGGAGGCGGUGUCAGAAGCUGUGCUGGCCUCCAUAGAGAAGAGUCGUCGCCUUAUUCUGGUGUCCAGUGGCUCGGCUUUGAACCCCGGGCAGGACAGCCAGUACAGUCUGCUCACCGGGCUCCAUGCCGCGCUGGUGGAACGGCAGACCCCCCUGGUUCUCGUCCAGGCAGAGGUCAGAUCAGAUGCGGGAUCCAGCCAAGAUAACCAGGAGAAUCUGAAGCUUGACUCGGUCCCUGAGGCCCAGCAGAAGCUGGUUCAGUCUGGACACAAAGUCACCUGGAAGGGUUCCAACUCUGAACCCCUCUCCUCAGCCUUUUGGAAGGAGCUUCGCUACCAUAUGCCAGCCAGAGCCAGAGAGUCCUCCCAGGGUGUUGAGAAGGCCCUUCUGAGAUUGUAAUAGAAUCUGCGAUACAGCGCCGUCUCACUUGGUAGAGAAUGGCUCAAUCACUUGCUUAUCUCUGUUUAAUAUAAUUUGCUUUAAAAUGACAAAAAUGUGUAGAUUAACAGAUAGUCAUUGCCAAGCUCAGUUCUAUGGGAUUCUCAGGAACCUAACUGGCAGCUCUGAAAUAUUUUGAAGGUCCUUGUCAUAAGAAAAUUGAAAACCAUUUUCCCUGACAGCCUGUAUACCUGUUACCCUGAAAGCAAUUUAACAUUUGAAAAUGUAUCAUGAAAUGUUAUUAUCGCCGUUGGCUUUUUCAGUGGCCAGAAGUAAGAUUUGAAUUAGCUCUUGAUAAAUAUUUGUAUCUUUGUUACUGUUCUGGGGACAGACCCCUACAAAUGUAAAACAUUGUGAGUUUCAAGAAAGACAGCACUGCAUUUGUGUUCUAUUGUGUUUAGCUUCAGCUUGUAUGUCCUAUACGUUUUGUAUUGUGACUUUUAAUCGGUUUUUGCUGUAAAUGAGAAUGUAUGACUCCCCAGUCAACUAUCUUGGUAAAACAAAGAAUAAAUCAACU